GUUCACCUGUCGCCAUUUUAAGCAGGUAAAAUUCGAAUACGAGCGUCAAAGUGUUUAAUAGAAACGUUUAUCAAAGUUUAUGCAGGAAUUUCCGUAUAUCUUUAUGAUGUUAAAGUUGGAGGAUUUGAGAACCUGUAACUUAUGAAAGUUUGAUCAAGACUCAAGAUAUGUUAUUAUGAUGGUUUUUUAAUCAGAUUCUCCUGCAGCUUCAUCAUGGGUGAUUCACAAGGAUCCAGAGAUGGAGUUUUUUCUCCAGGAUGCAGUUCAGUCCAGCAGAAGAGCUCAAACCCAGAGUCCAGCUGUGUGUCUCUGAAGAGUGACUGCUUUAUGACUGAACCAAUGAAGUUCAAGAGUGGAAACACACGGCCUGAUCUCAGUUCAGUCCAGCAGAAGAGCUCAAACCCAGAGUCCAGCUGUGUGUCUCUGAAGAGUAACAGGUCUAUGACUGAGCCAAUGAAGUUUAAGAGUGGAAACAAACGGCUUGAUCUCAGGUCAAAUCUUUUAUCCAGUCCAGUUAAAAACAAAACUGUGAUUCAACCACAAGACUUUAAUGAAAGCAUGAAUCCUGGUUUCAGCCAUGACUCUAAACCUGAGGUCUUAAACACACUGAGAUCAAAUCUGAGAAAGAAGUUUGAGUGUUUGUAUGAGGGAAUAUCAAAGCAGGGAAACCCAACACUCCUGAAUGAGAUCUACACAGAGCUCUACAUCACAGAGAGUGAAAGUGGAGAGAUCAAUAAUGAGCAUGAGGUGAGACAGAUUGAGACACAGUCCAGGAGAGCAGAAACAGAGGACACACCGAUCAAAUGCAGUCAGAUCUUUAGACCUUUACCUGGACAAGACAAACCCAUCAGAACUGUGCUGACAAAGGGAGUCGCUGGCAUUGGAAAAACAGUCUCUGUGCAGAAGUUCAUCCUGGACUGGGCUGAAGGGAAAGAGAAUCAGGACGUCCAGCUCAUAUUUCCACUUCCUUUCAGAGAGCUCAACUUGAUGAAGGACCAAACACUCAGUCUUUUAGAUUUUCUUCAUGACUUUUUCCCUGAAACAAAAGAAAUGGAAAUAUCCAGUGAUAAGUAUAAAGUUUCCUUCAUCUUUGAUGGUCUGGAUGAGUGUCGACUGUCUCUGGAUUUUCAGAGCGAUGUGAGGUUGUGUGAUGUGACUGAAUCAGCCUCAGUGGACGUGUUGCUGACGAACCUCAUUGUGGGGAAUCUGCUUCCCUCUGCUCUCAUCUGGAUCACCUCCAGACCAGCAGCAGCUGAUCUCGUCCCCUCUGAGUGUGUCCAUCGAGUGACAGAGGUACGAGGCUUCAGUGACCCACAGAAGCAGGAAUACUUCAGGAAGAGAAUCAGUGAUCAUAGUCUGGCCCACAGGAUCAUCUCACACCUGAAGUCCUCAAGGAGCCUCUUUAUUAUGUGUCACAUCCCAGUGUUCUGCUGGAUCUCAGCCACUGUUCUAGAGAAGAUGUUGAGUGAAGCGGAGAGUGGAGAGAUUCCCAAGACUCUCACUCAAAUGUACACACACUUCCUGAUCCUUCAGACCAACAUCAAACAUGAGAAGGACUAUGAGAAGAAAGUGGAAGAUGAAGACAUGAUUGUCAAACUGGGGAAACUGGCAUUUCAGCAGCUUGUGAAAGGCAAUCUGAUCUUCUAUGAGGAAGACCUGAGAGAGUGUGGCAUUGAUGUGACAGAAGCAUCAGUGUACUCAGGAUUGUGCACUCAGAUCUUCAGAGAGGAGUUGGGCUUGUAUCAGGGGAAGGUCUUCUGCUUUGUUCAUCUGAGCAUUCAGGAACAUCUAGCAGCUCUAUAUGUGCAUCUCUCCUUUAUAAACAAGAACAUCAAUGUGUUUGACCAGAUUACCAAACCAACUAAAGCUUCACUAUCUGACCUCCAUCAGAGAGCUGUGGAUGAGGCUUUAGACAGUAAAAAUGGGCAUCUGGACCUUUUCCUUCGUUUCCUUCUGGGUCUGUCAGUAGAGUCUAAUCAGACUCUCUUACAAGAACUAAAGACACAGACAGGAAACAGCUCUCACAACAAUAAGAAAACAGUUGACUAUAUCAAAGAGAAGAUCAGUGAGAAUCCCUCUCCAGAUAGAUACAUCAAUCUGUUUUACUGUCUGAAUGAACUGGAUGAUCUUUCACUAGUGAAUGAAGCUCAACCUCAUAUGAAGUCUGGAGGAUUACGUAAUGUGAAACUCUCCUCAUCUCAGUGGUCAUCUUUAGUUUUUGUGUUUUUGACCUCAGAGAAGACAAUGCAGGAGUUUAACCUGAACAGCUUAAUUGGAUACAGAAAUUAUCAUGAUUCAGUAAAUACAGCAGGUGAAGUUCUUCAGAAGAUGCUGCCUGUGGUUACAGCAACUCGAUCAGCUGUGUUGAGUUAUUGUGGUGUCACAGAUGAAGGUUGUGCUGCUCUGGCUUCAGCUCUGAGAUCAAACCCUUCACACCUGAGACAACUGGAUCUGUCUGGGAAUAAACUAGGAGACUCGGGAGUGAAGAUGCUUUCUGCUGUACUGGAGAAUCCUCACUGUAAACUGGAGGAUCUGGGGUUGAGUGAUUGUGGUGUUACAGAUAAAGGUUGUGCUGCUCUGGCUUCAGCUCUGAGAUCAAACCCCUCACACCUGAGAAAACUGGAUCUGUCUAUGAAUAAUCUAGGAGACUCUGGAAUGAAGAUGUUUUCUUCUGUAUUGGAGAAUCCUCACUGUAAACUGGAGGAUCUGGGAUCUGUUCAUCAUCCCAUCGUCCUGGGGCAUCCAUGGCUGGUGGAACACAAGCCCCGGAUCGAGUGGGGCCAGGGAUCCGUGGCGGAGUGGAGUCAGCAUUGUCAUGCGUCUUGUUUGUUGUCUGCGUGUUCUUCUGUGUCUCGUUCUGUGUUGCAGGAGGAGUCGGUGAACCUGUCAAACGUGCCCAGGAGUACCUCAACCUGAAAGAAGUGUUCAGGUCCCAGAGUCUGGAGGAAGAGAGGAGAGGCACACAAUCCACAUUGCUUGAG